UCUCUCUUUCUCCCCUAGAUAGACUCUUAUACUGUCCCAUUGCAGAUAUCCAAAGCUGAAGAGAGAAAAUGCCCAGAACUCUCUCCAAAACCAUUCACCAUUACUUCUCAAAGCUCAAAAGACAAACUACUUCAGAAGAUCAUCAUCAAAACCCUACCAAAGCAACAGCAACAACAACAACACCUAACCAAACCCAAGAUGAGCAAAUCUUGAUUAAAAAAAACAGUUAUCCCAAUAAACCUUCGUUCUAUGAUAUUCUAUCCGCACCAAAAUCCCUCACUCCCACACCCACAACAUCAACUCAUGAUUUCUCUUCUUCAGAUCAUUCUGACACCGAAACAAGUGCAGCAGCGCCAGAUUUCGCAACAGUUUUUAACUCUCGACGUUUCUUCUUUAGUUCACCGGGCCAAUCUAACUCUAUUAUAGACUCUGGUAGAUUCUCUUCCAAUGAGUCUGUUAAGUGUAGUCAACCAGAAUCCGGCUCAUUAAUAAUCAGCAGAGGUAUUCCAAUUCAAACAUACUCUCCAGAUCCUUACAUGGAUUUCAGAAGAUCCAUGCAAGAAAUGGUUGAAGCUACAGAGUUUUCAGAUGUUAGAGCUGAUUGGAAUUACUUGCAUGAGUUACUGCUAUGUUAUCUUGCUUUGAAUCCAAAGCAUACUCAUAAGUUCAUUAUGGAUGCUUUUGCAGAUCUUCUUGUUUGUCUUAUGACAUCAUCAACUGCUCCUUCUACUCCGACCAGUAACAUAAGAUUUCACGGUGUUCGUCGUUUAUUAUAAAUGUCAAUCAGUAGCAGAGAGUUUUACUGGACUUGUCUGUUAUGUUCUUACAGUUAUAAUUUUUGUAUGUAGCAGCACUUGAAAACAAAAGAAGUAAAAAGUUGAUUAAAUGUGUAUCAUAGUAACUUUAUUAAGUCAUUUGAUACUAAUUAUUAAUUAGUACUACUAAACUCUCUUUUUCUUUUAUCUUUAUUGAUAAUUGUUUUUCUUUUGAGUAUUAUUCAGUUGGUUGGGGCAGAUGGGUGCCAUUUCUUAGAUUUGUAGGUUCUGUUUGUCUUUUAUGUAUUGAGAAGAUAUUGCAGACUUUAUUCUACCCGACUGUU